AUGCCUGCCGAUUCAGAUCUAAUUGUUCCUAACGGGGAUGACCGACAUGAGAGCAGAAACAAUUUCAAAAGUUUGGCUGAAAGGUCGAACCAUGAAGAUUUUAUAAGGCGAGCAGUGGACCUGUUGGUUGAGAGAGUGGUCUUUGGAAGAUCUUUAAGAACAUCCAAAGUAGUGGAAUGGUCUGCACCUCAGGACAUCGCAACAGCAAUAGAUUUGCGGCCGAGGGACAGUCCAGCCACACACGAUGAGCUCUUAGGACUUAUGGCUGAUGUGGCUCGUUACUCCGUCAACACAGCGCAUCCUUAUUUUGUGAACCAGCUCUUUUCUUCUGUGGAUCCUUACGGUUUAGUUGGCCAAUGGUUGACUGAUGCUCUAAAUCCUAGCGUCUAUACAUUUGAAGUGGCCCCAGUCUUCACUCUUAUGGAAGAAGAAGUUUUACGAGAAAUGAGGAGUAUAGUGGGGUGGGCAGAUGGCGAAGGAGAUGGUAUCUUUAGUCCUGGAGGUUCAAUAGCCAACGGUUAUGCUAUCAGCUGUGCUCGGCAUUAUUUCUAUCCAGAAACCAAGAGCAAAGGUGUUUACGCUGUACCAAAAUUAGUACUCUUCACGUCAGAACUUGCUCACUACUCCACCAAGAAAAUGGCCACCUUUAUGGGCUUAGGUGGCGACAACUGUGUUUUAGUUAAGACGGAUCAGUAUGGUAAAAUUAUACCGGACGAUUUAGAGGCAAAGAUUUCUAAGGCUAUUGAAGAUGGAGCCACCCCCUUUUUGGUCACCGCAACUGCUGGUACUACCGUGUAUGGAGCAUUUGACCCCUUGGUGCCGAUAUCCUCAAUUUGCAAAAAAUAUAAUCUGUGGUUACACGUUGAUGCGGCUUGGGGUGGUGGUGCUCUUAUGUCGAAAAAACACAGACAUCUCUUAAACGGAAUUGAAUUAGCUGACUCAGUGACGUGGAACCCUCACAAGCUCUUGGCGGCGCCACAACAAUGCUCUACCUUUCUAAUUAGACACAAGAACGUCCUCAAAGAGUGUCACUCGAGCAACGCCAAGUAUCUUUUUCAGAAGGACAAAUUCUACGACACUUCUUACGAUACCGGCGACAAACAUAUACAGUGUGGGCGACGAGCUGACGUGUUGAAAUUCUGGUUUAUGUGGAAGGCUAAAGGCAGUGAAGGCUUCGAGAAACAUAUCGAUACACUUUUCGACAAUGCAACCUAUUUCACCGAGCAUAUAAGACAAAGGGAAGGUUUUCGGCUAGUUUUGGAUAAACCAGAAUGUACUAAUGUCAUGUUUUGGUAUGUACCACGAUGCUUGCGUGGAUGUGAAAACGAUUCCGAUUAUAAAGAGAGGCUACACAAGGUCGCGCCGAAAUUAAAGGAGCGCAUGAUCAAGGAAGGAAGCAUGAUGGUGACCUAUCAGCCACAGGGCGACCUCGUCAACUUCUUCCGUAUCGUGUUCCAAAACUCCGCUUUGGACCACAAAGAUAUGGUAUACUUUGCUAACGAGUUUGACAGACUCGGUAAAGAUAUUGUAGUAUAA